AUGACAAUCACUUUGAGAAAUGGUAAAGAUAUCAAUGAAGAACCUCUAAAGGGAACUAAGGAGGAAGAUGUAGAGAAAGUUGCUAAACAGGAUGCUGAGCCAGUAGCACUCAUUGAGGAGUGUAGCUUUAUGGUGACUCAAAAUAUGCCUAAAAAGCUUAAGGACCUUGGGAAUUUCACCCUCCCUAUUCAAAUUGGCAGCAGCAAGGUGGUUCAUGCACUUAGUGAUUUCAGGUCUAGUAUCAACUUGAUGCCCCUCUCUUUGUUCAAUACUUUGGGCUUGGGAAAGCCUAGACCAAGAUUGGUGCUAUUGCAGCUGGAAAACGGGACCAUAGCCCUUACUAAAGGAGUCAUAGAGGAUGUUCUCAUAAAGGUUGCAAUAGAAGGAACUUUGAUAAAUGUGAUAGAAGGAACGCUCAUUAUUAGGUUGGAAAAUGAAAAGGUGGUUUUCAAUGUGUACAAAUUGCUUAACACACUAUCCCACUACAAAAACUUGUGCAUGAUUACUGUGAUUGAAAGAGCUAAGUGUAAGGUGAUGCAGAUGGUUCCACAAAAGACCGCUUUGGACUUCCUCAUUGAGCAGCCCAAGCAACAACUACCUAACCCCUACAAGAUGUAG